CGGGCAGGGAUUAGCGCGGCGGGCACCCAGCCGAGCGGAGGGGGCGGCCGGCCCGUCGCCCCCUUCCCGCGGGGUCUCCGGCGGGAGCGAGCCGUACCCGGCUGGCGGGGGCGGGUGGACAUGGCUGACCGGAGCGCGCCGAGCUGCCACCUGCGGCUGGAGUGGGUCUACGGCUACCGGGGUCAUCAGUGCCGCAACAACCUCUACUACACGGCCGCCAAAGAGAUCGUCUACUUCGUGGCGGGGGUCGGCGUGGUCUACAGCCCCCGGGAGCACCGGCAGAAAUUCUACCUGGGGCACCAGGACGACAUCAUCAGCCUUGCUUUGCACCCCGAACGUGUGUUGGUGGCAACAGGUCAAGUUGGGAAGGAGCCAUACAUCUGUGUGUGGGAUUCAUACACUGUGCAAACUGUAUCUGUCCUGAAAGACAUUCACACACAUGGCAUAGCUUGCUUGGCCUUUGAUUUAGAUGGUCAGCGUUUGGUCUCGGUUGGUUUGGAUUCGAAAAACACAGUUUGUGUAUGGGACUGGAGAAAAGGAAAAUUGUUAUCAAUGGCUCCUGGCCAUACAGACAGAAUAUUUGAUAUUUCUUGGGAUUUAUACCAGCCAAACAAGCUCGUCAGCUGUGGUGUAAAACACAUCAAGUUCUGGAGCUUGUGUGGCAAUUCCUUGACACCAAAACGUGGUGUCUUUGGCAAGACCGGUGAUCUCCAGACUAUCCUGUGCCUGGCCUGUGCAAGGGAUGAGGUGACGUAUUCGGGCGCGCUGAACGGAGAUAUUUAUGUGUGGAAGGGAAUCAACCUCGUCAGGACAAUACAAGGAGCCCAUGCUGCAGGAAUUUUCAGCAUGAAUGCCUGUGAAGAGGGGUUUGCCACUGGUGGCAGGGAUGGCUGCGUUCGCUUGUGGGACUUAAAUUUUAAACCAAUUACUGUGAUUGAUCUCAGGGAAACAGACCAGGGGUAUAAAGGUCUCUCUGUAAGAAGUGUUUGCUGGAGAGGAGACCAUAUACUCGUUGGGACACAAGAUAGUGAAAUUUUUGAAAUUGUGGUGCAUGAGCGUAACAAGCCUUUCCUGAUAAUGCAGGGGCACUGUGAAGGAGAGCUCUGGGCUUUGGCUGUCCAUCCUACAAAACCCCUGGCCAUGACUGGAAGCGAUGAUCGAUCAGUCAGAAUCUGGAGUUUAAUAGACCAUGCUCUGAUUGCCCGGUGCAACAUGGAGGAGCCCAUUCGCUGUGCCGCCGUCAGCACCGAUGGAAUCCAUCUUGCUCUUGGAAUGAAGGAUGGCUCUUUCACUGUGCUUCGAGUCAGAGAUAUGACUGAGGUUGUUCAUAUCAAAGACAGGAAAGAAGCUAUUCAUGAACUCAAAUAUUCUCCAGAUGGGAAUUUCCUAGCUGUUGGCUCCAAUGACAGCUCUGUGGAUAUAUAUGGUGUUGUUCAGCGAUAUAAGAAAGUUGGGGAAUGUAUUGGCUCCUUAAGCUUCAUCACACAUAUGGAUUGGUCUUCAGACAGUAAAUACUUACAGACCAAUGAUGGCAAUGGAAAGAGACUUUUUUACAGAAUGCCAGGUGGAAAAGAAGUAACAAACAAGGAAGAAUUGAAAGGCAUUCAGUGGGCAUCAUGGACCUGUGUUUCUGGCCUUGAAGUAAAUGGAAUCUGGCCCAAAUAUUCUGAUAUAAAUGAUAUAAAUUCUGUGGAUGCGAAUUUUAUUGGUCAAGUUAUGGUUACAGCUGAUGAUUAUGGAAUAGUAAAGCUCUUUCGAUACCCAUGUCUAAGAAAAGGAGCAAAGUUUAAAAAAUAUCUUGGUCAUUCUGCUCACGUGACGAACGUCAGAUGGUCGCACGAUCACCAGUGGGUUGUCUCCAUCGGGGGAGCUGAUCAUUCUGUCUUUCAGUGGAAGUUUGUCCCCGACCGCAAGUUGAAGGACACUCUUCAUAUAGCACCCCAAGAGAGUCUGGUUGAUUCUAAUAGUGAUGAAUCAGAUUCAGAUCAGUCUGAUGUUCCAGAGCUGGACUCUGAAAUUGAACAAGAGACACAGAUCACCUAUCGUCGACAGGUUUACAAAGAAGAUCUACCUCAACUUAAAGAGCAAUGCAAAGAAAAAAGAAAAAGUGCAGCUUCUAAGAGACGUGAGCGAGCCCCAGGGAACAGUAUAAGACUACACUUUGUUCAUGGGUACAGGGGUUACGACUGCCGGAGCAAUCUGUUUUACACGCAGACGGGUGAAAUCGUGUACCACGUGGCAGCAGUGGGAGUGGUGUACAACCGGCAGCAGAACACGCAGCGCUUCUACCUGGGCCACGACGAUGACAUCCUUUGCCUUGCUAUCCAUCCCUUAAAGGACUAUGUGGCAACAGGCCAGGUUGGUCGAGAUUCCUCAAUACACAUUUGGGAUACAGAAACAAUAAAGCCACUCUCAGUAUUAAAGGGCUAUCACCAGUAUGGUGUUUGUGCUGUUGAUUUUUCAGCGGAUGGGAAACGGUUGGCUUCUGUUGGAAUAGAUGAUAAUCACACUGUUGUACUCUGGGAUUGGAAGAAAGGAGAAAAGCUUUCAGCAGUAAGGGGAAGCAAGGAUAAGAUUUUUGUUGUUAAGAUUAAUCCCUACAUGCCUGAUAAAUUGAUUACAGUUGGAAUCAAACACAUGAAAUUCUGGCGGAGAGCAGGAGGAGGACUAAUUGGGAGAAAGGGCUGCAUAGGUGCAUUGGGAAGAACUGACACAAUGAUGUGUGCAGUGUAUGGCUGGACAGAAGAGAUGGCCUUCUCUGGAACCUCCACGGGGGAUGUGUGUAUUUGGAGAGAUGUGUUUCUCAUAAAAACUGUCAAAGCACAUGAUGGUCCUGUGUUCAGCAUGCACGCAUUGGAAAAAGGAUUUGUCACUGGAGGAAAGGAUGGGGUGGUGGCUCUCUGGGAUGAUACCUUUGAACGUUGUCUCAAAACCUAUGCCAUCAAAAGGGCUGCUCUGGCUCCUGGAUCCAAAGGUCUCCUCUUGGAAGAUAAUCCUUCUAUACGUGCCAUAUCGUUAGGACAUGGUCAUAUUCUAGUGGGCACAAAGAACGGUGAAAUAUUGGAGGUGGAUAAAAGUGGACCAAUAACUCUGCUGGUUCAGGGUCACAUGGAGGGGGAAGUUUGGGGUCUAGCUACUCAUCCUCAUUUACCUAUUUGUGCCACUGUAAGUGAUGACAAAACCUUAAGAAUAUGGGAUUUAUCUCCUAGCCAUUGUAUGUUAGCUGUUCGCAAGUUGAAAAAGGGAGGCAGAUGUUGCUGCUUUUCUCCUGAUGGAAAAGCAUUAGCUGUUGGUCUCAAUGAUGGAAGUUUUUUGAUAGUUAAUGCAGAUACCCUGGAGGAUUUGGUCUCUUUCCAGCACAGGAAAGAUGUUAUUUCAGAAAUCAGAUUUUCUCCUGGGGCUGGAAAGUACUUAGCUGUGGCAUCCUGUGACAACUUUGUGGAUAUUUACAACGUAAUGAGCAGUAAAAGAGUAGGAAUCUGCAAGGGAGCCUCCAGCUAUAUCACACACAUGGACUGGGACAUAAGAGGAAAACUUUUGCAAGUCAACACUGGUGCUAAAGAGCAGCUGUUUUUUGAAGCCCCUCGGGGGAAAAAACAGACUAUCCCAAGUUUGGAGGUAGAAAAGAUUGGCUGGGCAUCAUGGACAAGUGUUUUGGGCUCUUGCUGUGAAGGGAUCUGGCCAAUAAUUGGUGAAGUCACAGAUGUAACUGCUUCUUGCCUCACUAGUGAUAGUAAAGUAUUAGCCACAGGAGAUGAUUUUGGAUUUGUGAAGCUGUUUCGAUACCCUGCUAAAGGAAAGUUUGGAAAAUUUAAGAGGUAUGUUGCUCACAGCACCCAUGUGACAAAUGUGCGUUGGACGUACGAUGACAGUUUGUUGGUCACCGUUGGGGGAGCAGACACCUCCCUAAUGCUGUGGACUUAUGAGAUGGAAGGGCAUCGGGACAGCAGGCAGUGUGACAGUGAGGAGUCUGAUCUAGAUUCUGAAGAAGAUGGAGGUUAUGACAGUGAUGUGACAAGGGAAAAUGAAAUUAAUUACACCAUCAAAGCCUUAUCAACAAACAUUAGACCAAUGUUUGGAAUUAAGCCUCAUCUGCAACAAAAGGAGCCAACCUUAGAUGAAAGACCACCAGUUAGUAGGGCAUUGCCACAGCCGGAGAAACUUCAGACAAAUAAUGUGGGGAAAAAAAAGAGACCCAUAGAGGACCUAAUUUUGGAGCUGGUCUUUGGGUAUCGAGGCAAGGACUGCAGAAACAACGUGCACUAUUUGAACGAUGGUGCUGAUGUAAUUUAUCACACUGCAUCUAUUGGCAUCUUGUAUAAUGUGGCAACAGGCUCUCAGUCAUUUUACCAGGAACACAAUGAUGAUAUUUUGUGCCUCACUGUGAAUCAGCACCCCAAGUUUACCAACAUAGUGGCAACUGGCCAAGUAGGAGACUCAGCAGAUAUGUCAGCUACAGCUCCAUCUAUUCACGUGUGGGAUGCAAUGAACAAGCAGACGCUGUCGGUGCUGCGGUGCUACCAUUCCAAGGGCGUUUGCUCCGUCAGUUUCAGUGCCACUGGCAAACUGCUGCUGUCCGUAGGGCUGGAUCCCGAACACACCAUUACCAUUUGGAAGUGGCAGGAAGGUGCCAAAAUUGCCAGCCGAGCUGGUCAUAACCAGCGUAUAUUUGUAGCAGAAUUCAGGCCAGAUUCAGAUACACAGUUUGUUUCUGUGGGAGUAAAACAUGUAAGGUUCUGGACACUGGCUGGAAGAGCUCUCCUCAGUAAAAAAGGGCUGCUGAGCUCCAUAGAAGAUGCCCGCAUGCAGACGAUGCUUUCUGUAGCUUUUGGAGCGAAUAACUUGACAUUUACAGGUACUAUCAGUGGAGAUGUUUGUGUUUGGAAAGAUCAUGUGUUGAUACGAAUUGUGGCCAAGGCUCACAAUGGACCUGUUUUCACCAUGUACACCACACUAAGGGAUGGUUUGAUUGUUACAGGAGGCAAAGAAAGGCCUUCAAAGGAAGGAGGAGCAGUCAAGCUGUGGGACCAGGAGCUGAAACGGUGUCGUGCCUUCCGGCUGGAGACAGGCCAGAUGACAGACUGCGUGCGCUCUGUUUGCAGAGGCAAGGGCAAAAUUCUUGUUGGGACAAGAAAUGCUGAAAUAAUUGAAGUUGGAGAGAAAAAUGCUGCAUGUAACAUUCUAAUUAAUGGUCAUAUGGAUGGGCCCAUCUGGGGCCUAGCAACACAUCCAUCCAGAGACUUUUUCCUUUCUGCUGCAGAAGAUGGCACAGUAAGACUCUGGGAUAUUGCUGAAAAGAAGAUGCUGAACAAAGUCAGCUUAGGACAUGCAGCUCGUACUGUUUGUUACAGCCCGGAAGGUGAUAUGGUAGCUAUUGGCAUGAAGAAUGGAGAGUUUAUUAUCCUGCUUGUGACCUCUCUAAAAAUUUGGGGGAAGAAAAGGGACAGAAGAUCAGCAAUUCAAGAUAUCAGGUUUAGCCCAGAUUCUCGUUACCUAGCAGUUGGUUCCAGUGAGAAUGCAGUGGAUUUUUAUGAUCUGACUUUGGGUCCCACACUAAAUCGAAUCAGCUAUUGCAAGGAUAUCCCAAGUUUUGUGAUCCAGAUGGACUUCUCUGCUGACAGCUCUUAUCUCCAGGUCUCUACGGGGUCUUACAAGAGGCAAGUGUAUGAAGUGCCUUCAGGAAAGCAGCUUGUGGACCAGGCUGUGAUUGACAGAAUAACGUGGGCUACUUGGACAAGUGUUCUAGGGGAUGAAGUAAUUGGAAUCUGGUCCAGGCAUGCUGAAAAAGCUGAUGUGAACUGUGCUUGUGUCUCUCACUCGGGAAUCAAUCUUGUAACAGGCGAUGAUUUUGGCAUGGUCAAACUGUUUGACUUUCCAUGUCCUGAAAAAUUUGCAAAACACAAACGCUUUUUAGGUCACUCUGCCCACUUAACGAACAUUCGAUUCACAAGUGGAGACAGAUACGUGGUCAGUGCUGGAGGGGACGACUGCAGCUUAUUUGUUUGGAAGUGUGUGCAUAUGCCUCACUGAGAGAGACACGGAGACUUGCAAAGAGGAAACUGCAUGAAGCACCAGGCAUGAAACACCCAGGAUUGCAACGUGACAUUCUACAGUGCCCUGCAUGCGUAAGAAAUGACCCAAGACACAGAGCAAUCUGUCUCUGACAGACAGGACCUGGAGUCUGCCAGAAGGAUGGACACACUGAGGCUGCUAGUUUUGCUUCAGUGUCAGAUAAUCUGGGUUUGUAUUCCACUCACUGCCAGAUGUUGAAAACAAAAUAUGUGGAUGAAAGGAAAAAGUGAAUUGUUAAUCAAUGUACAGUUUCACAGCAAGUUCUUGGGGUUUUAAUCAAGAGAUGCUAUUUCUGACCUAGUGCUGUACAUUGAUCUAUUUUGAGCAUGAAUGUUUUUCCUUUAAGUUUUGAGAUCUAAAUAGCAUAGAUAAAAAGAGUAUUCCAUAUUUUAUUACUGAGAGAGACCAUAUAUUAACACUUAAAUAUAUAGUAUUUUAAUAAAUGUUUAAUUAUUAUAAUAGAAAUUAUAUUUCUAUGGCUGGUCAAAAGGAAACAUCAUAUCUGAUGAAGCAGAAAAUAAUAGAGUUGAUUCCUUAUGACUGAAAUAUUUCUGUAUUUAGAGGCCUGGGUCACAGUCAUGUCUGGUGAAAGCCGUUGGAUAUGCAUGAUCUUCAUGGCUAAUUUAGUGUUUUUGUUGCACUUAAACAUUAAAUUAGUUCUAUGAGCAAAAAUAGAUUUGCUCACUUUGCGAGUGCCUUGCCCACUACCUAAAAGUCUAACUCCAGUUUUUGCCUUGUGAAUAAAAGUAUUCUCAGUGGAAGAGA